AUGACUACUGCAUCGUCCUUCCCUCAAUUUCCCAAUCUCCCCACUGAGCUCCGCCUCUCUAUAUGGGAAGAAGCCAUUGCGAGUCCGUCUAUACAUGUUUUUGACGUCUGCUUUCCGUCCCGUCGCGGGAAUAGUCGCAGCCGGCAGGCCUUUCAAGGAUCAAGAUGUGGCACCAACUCCAGUCGUAAUGUUUCUUGGAACAAAUAUGAAUACAUCGCCUUUCUAGACUCCUCGGACAACAAUGAAGAUGAUGAAAAAGCCAGAUUUGAUAAGCCUCAUUCCAGUCGCUUGGUCCAUGGAGAUCCUAGCAUGUACAAACAACGCCAGGCUCAACGUUUGACCUGCCUCGAAGCAGCUUUAGCAUCAUCUCUGAGAACCCGGGACCCAAACAUCGUCUACUUGCCGGGACGGGGAACCAAAUUCGAAUACGACAACAAUAAUGACGUACUGUUUCUUCGAUUUUCAAAUGAAGAUUUUGGAAUAAAUACCGAAAAAAGAACAACUUCGCGAGCCAACCCCUUUGUUAGCAGCAUUGCGGAGGCACUCGAAGCCCACUGGAGCGCAGAGAUGGCACUCACUAUCUGGCAGGCACGACGUAUUGCCAUAAACGUAAAAGAUGCAUUGAUUCCCUCUCACGUUAUAGAGAUAUCAUAUUUGGCAUCUUGCAUUCAAAAAGAUUUGAAUGUUUUUUACCUUGUAGAGCAUCAAGGGAAAAGACCUACCGAAAGCCAGGGAGAGCAUUUCAAGGCCUCAGACCUUCAGCAUAGAGGCAAGCUAUACCGUCAAUUAAACAGCCGGAUGACAAAAGAAAGUUUGGCAAGAAAACCGGAUAUAAUAUAUGGAGUCUGCAAGACGUACAGAGAGGUGUUCGAUUUUGAAAAGCUUUCUUGGGACGAGAGCCACCCUACUUAUGUUUUUGCUCGUCUUAUAUCGGAAUCAGUCUACAGUCAACAACUUGAUACAGGCGCACCAGACUUUAAAGGCGUUAGAAUACUUUUGGAAGAGGAUGAUAAACCAUGA